GCAGCUUGCAGAACAAUAAAGGAGGUGUUUGAUGAGUCUGUGCGUGGAGCAGCCAUCGCCAUCAGCAGCUGUUGGGACUGAGCCCACGGCACACUGUGUCUUUUAUAGCUCCUCUCUGUGGCUUUGCUUUUUAUUUCCUUCGGCUUGUAGUCCUUCUCUAAAACUUAGAUAUUUUAAUUGUGACGGACCCCCCCUCCCUCCGUCUCUCUCUCCAUCGCAUCAUCCUCCACGUGAUGCGCAGCAGCUGCUGGUGAGAGAGGCGGACAGAAACAGUGUGGCUGCGGCUCUGAUCGCACCGGAGGAGCGCCGCUGUCGCACCGCGGAUAUUACCACUCGUAUCCCUCCCAGCUGGAUCCUGGCUUGACUUUAUUUGCUUUUAUUUGAUUUUUUUUUUUAUUGUAUCACCUUAUUAGUCCAUUCUCAAUCCUCUCUCCCUUUUUCCAUAGUUCAGCAUCCUCUCCUCCUUAGGUCCUCCAGUCUCCAACUUUUUCCAUCCCACUCACCCUCCUCCAUCCUUCCCCCCCAGUUCCCCAGUGCUGGAUCGGCUGUUGGUUUGGUCUCUAAUAUCUUCCCUCGGAUUGGAUCGGCUCAGUUUACCGGGCCACUGCUUCAUGGGGCGCACCGUCUCGCGCGGAACAUGCUCCGCCGUCGGGCUCUAGGCGCCCCGCUGAACCUGUCGGGAUCAGAGCUGCCGCGCGCCGUUUCCCCGCCUCGCCCGUGCUGCGGCCGGGGCCACUGAGAGAGAGAGAGAUGGGUCCGACCGUGGCUGCACAUGCUCGGGGAGGCACAGCCGCGCCUCUUACGGGAGGCUGGAUCCGGAUCACCAUCCUUUCCUUUCUCGCUACUUUACCUGUGGAGCAGCUGCGCGCCUUCCCGUCCUCCCUCAGCGACUGUCAGACACCGACCGGCUGGAACUGCUCCGAUUUUGAUGACCGGGACACGGACCUGUUCUUGUGCGACACCAAUACCUGCAAGUUUGAUGGGGAGUGCCUAAGAAUUGGGAAUAUGGUGACGUGCAUUUGUGACUUUAAGUGCAACAAUGACUAUGCCCCAGUGUGCGGCUCUAACAACAAAAACUACCAGAACGAGUGUUUCCUCCAUAGAGACGCCUGCAAGCUGCAGUCUGAAGUCCUCAUUAUGUCAGAGGGAGACUGUCCUGCAGAUGCUGGAUCGGGAUCUGGAGACGAUGGAGGUGAGGGUUCAGCCGAGACCGGUCAGAAGGAGACGUCCACCUGUGACAUAUGCCAGUUUGGAGCGGAGUGCGAUGUGGAUGCUGAGGACGUUUGGUGCGUCUGCAACAUCGACUGCUCUCACAUCAGCUUCAAUCCGGUGUGUGCGUCUGACGGCCGCUCCUACGACAAUCCCUGCCAGGUGAAGGAGGCGUCCUGUCAGAAGCAGGAGCGCAUCGAAGUCAAGUAUCUGGGCCGCUGCCAAGGUGACAUCACAACUGGGAACAAAGGAGACGGACACUUUCCACACAUCGGCCCCACGGAGGACUCAGGGACAGGACUGGCCCGCGGCUUGUACAUCCCCUGUCCAGAUCACUACAAGAACUACUGUGUCCACGGGGACUGUCAGUUCCCCAACAUGCUCUCCCAGCCGUCCUGCAGCUGUCACUCAGGCUUCAUGGGCCCCAAAUGUGACAUCAAGGAAUACAACGUGCUGUAUGUGGUGCCAGGCUCUGGAAAACUGCACUACGUCCUGAUUGCCUCUAUCAUUGGAGCCCUGCAGGUGGUCAUCAUCUGUGUGGUGGUGCUCUGCAUUACCAGGAAGUGCCCACGGACCAAUAGGAUCAACCGGCAGAAGCAGAACAAUGUCCACUUCAGUUCUGAGAACACCAUGCGCGCCUCCACUCGUCUUAUCUGAGCCCAGACUCACCGGAAGAGUCGCCCCCCCCUCACGCUACGGAGCGCUGUGGCGUUAGAUGUUCCCUUCGUAGGCCAAACAUGACAGUUAGCGUCCGCCUCCCUUCACUCGACUCCCCCUCUCCCAUGUCCCAACGACCAGAGAGGACGGUGGCAUCACAAAACAAGAGUUGGCACCGCGGUAAGCGGCGAGACUUGCACGUUGGGAUGAUGUUCUCAUCAUCGGACGCCGCCGCUGCCCACCUUCCUGUUGCCGACAUGUGUCCUUUUUCUGAGGAUCCUGUUUUUUUCUGACAGAACUAAACUGGGGAGGAGGAGAAGGGGGAGGCGUCAAGGACACUGAAUGUGAGUGUGUGUGAGUGUCUUAUUAGAUGUGUGCGCUUCGGUAGAGGCCGACUAGCCGGCGUCUGUUCUUUGUAGACGAGGGUUAAAAGCAAACCGGGGGUAGUGCAACGCAGGGUACCGGGCUUUAAAAAUCGCAGUCUGUGUUCAGUCUGGGAGGGGGGGAGGGAGGGGUUUCGGGGCUACACGUGAUGCCUUGCACCUUGUGUUAUAGGAGACCUUUGACAGAGGGCACAAAGUUAUUAUAGAGCUCUCUGUUCUUUUGUGACGAUGACGUCAGCUACUGUAUGUUGAGUUCUAUUUCCAAUAGUUAUUACAACAUUGUCUUGAUGGGGUCCGUUUUUUCUGUAAAUGUAAAUAAAUAAUUUAUAUCACGAAAUGUUAAA